UGGUCGCGGUGGUGGUGGCGGUGGUAGUAGUGGUGGUCAUCGUCGUCGUCGUCGUCGUCGUCGCCGUCGCGCGAACGGCGGCGGCGGCGGUGCUGGAGGCGGCCGCGGCCGUCCGGGAGACGGAUCGCAGUCGACGCGAUCGACGCGGCGGACUCAUGUCGUCGUCAUCGCCGGCGGACGAAUGUCGGCGGCGCCGCGGUAGGCGCACCGGCGCGGCCGCGGUGGCGGCCGUGUACAGCGGAGACCAGCGACAGGCCCUGCCGCCGUUCCCGUCAGUGUGUCGCCUGGUCGAGAAGUACACGAUGAUCAUCGAACGGCACCGGCAGAACCAGCAGAAAGGAUGGACGGCGCCCGUCCGCGGAGGCAGCAAACCGUCGACGCCGUCGCCGUUGUCGCAGUUGUCGUCGUCGUCGUCCGCGACGCGUGUGCAGCCGACGGCGGCGCCGUCCGGCCCGUCGGUCGGCCGCGACGACGAAGACGCGGCGGCCGCCUGGGACCGUGUGCCGACGGACGGCGGUGGUCGCGAGAGCAAAAGCGACGGCGUGGUGGACGGCGGCAACGUCGUCCACGACGUCGACGGUUACGGUUACGACGACGACUACGACGACGACGACCACGACCACGACCACGACCACGACCACGACGACGGCGGCCGGCGGUUUAGUUGCGCGUCGUUGGGCAGCAGCAUCCAACCCGGUAGCGACGAAGACGACAAGCUGACGACGAACUCAGACGGCGGCGGCGCGGAAAAUAUGCGGUCGCAACUGCAGGUGGUGGUCAGCCGGCUGCAGGUCAGCAAGACCAAGGUGAAGCGAAAGCGGCGCAAGUCGUGGACGGGACCCGUGGGAUGGCAGGGCCCUGGCGACGAGACCGGCGGCCUGUGUCGUAAGGGUCACAGUCUGGACCAGGGAUACGAGACGACACACCAUCACCAAGACCACCACCUCCACCACCGCCGGGACUACGGGAGCCGGAUGCUCCAUCAACCGGCGCUGUACCGGUCGUUCAGCAACAACGCGGACGGCGACGCCGGCACGGUGGUGUUCAACGGGUGCGAUUCACCCGACAGCGCUGCCCCGGUCAAUGGCGGCGGGCGGCAGUUCCGGACCCCGUCCGUGGUGGUCAGCGACCAUUCCGAGGACCCGGUGUCCUUUUCGUCCAUGUUCACGCUGGACGAUCUCGGCGAACUCGAGUACAGGCCGUCCGCCGACUGCGGGUUCAACGACUCGUCGUCUGACUGUAGCGCGGCGAGCACGUGGAGCGCCUCGGGCAGCGUCAUCAGCGUGCUGGACGCGGACUAUUUGCUGCACACGCCCGAGCGAAAGAUAUCCGGAUGUAGCACGUGCAGUACGUUCAGCGGCAACGAGGACGAUGAAGCUGCGGCGGUAGCGGCAGCGGAGGCGUACGGCCAAACCAAACCGAAGCAAAAGCAUUCCGGAUGGCGAAAGUUAAGAAACAUUGUUCAGUGGACGCCGUUCUUUCAGACUUACAAAAAACAGAGGUAUCCGUGGGUACAGCUAGCUGGACACCAAGGUAAUUUUAAAGCCGGACCGGAACCUGGUACAAUUCUCAAGAAAUUAUGUCCUAAGGAACAGUUGUGCUUCCAAGUGCUAAUGAAGGAUGUGCUUAGACCGUACGUGCCCGAGUAUAAGGGCCACUUGACCACCGAUGACGGAGACCUAUAUCUUCAGCUGGAAGACUUAUUGGGUGACUUUACUUCACCGUGUGUCAUGGAUUGCAAGAUUGGCGUCAGAACGUACCUGGAAGAGGAACUAGCGAAAGCCAAAGAAAAACCUAAAUUGAGAAAAGACAUGUACGAAAAAAUGAUUCAGAUUGACCCGAACGCGCCGACAGAAGAGGAACAUCGAUUGAAGGGUGUGACAAAACCGAGAUACAUGGUUUGGAGAGAGACGAUUUCAUCAACAGCUACGUUGGGCUUCCGAAUAGAAGGGAUCAAGAAAAGUGAUGGCAAAUCGAGCAAAGACUUCAAGACCACUAAGAAUCGCGACCAGGUGAUCGAAGCGUUUCGAGAUUUCGUCGCCGGAUUUCCGCAUGCUAUCCCCAAGUACAUCGCCCGGCUGAGAGCAAUCCGAGACAUGCUGAUGGAGUCAAAAUUUUUCACCACUCACGAGGUAAUCGGCAGCUCGUUGCUGUUUGUGCACGAUAGCAAGAACGCCAAUAUAUGGCUGAUUGAUUUCGCCAAGACGCUAAUACUUCCACCAGAUAUCCGGAUCAACCACACGUCCGAAUGGGUGGUGGGCAAUCAUGAGGACGGAUACCUGAUCGGUAUCAACAACUUGCUGGACAUAUUCACUGAAAUGAACGCCGCGACCACGUUCCCGGUCACGCUCAUUGAAGUCACCGCCCCAUCCGAAGUCGCCUGAACGUCGCCGACCACCGCAAACUCCAUGCCGGUAUCCUAACUUUUGCGUCCAACCCGUCGAUAAUAUGAUAAAUAUUUGGCGCAAAAAACCUAAAACCAUUUUAAACAAAAAAAAACACUUUUUGAUGACCAAUAAUAUUCUGACGUUUUCCAUACCUACUGAAUAGUUUGUUUAGGUUGUGACGAGAUUUCAAUCAUAUUUUAUUCUCCCUAUUCUCCCCCCCCCCUAAACUCGCGCACUAGAGGAUUUGCCAUCAGUAUUAAAACAAUGGUCUAUAUAAUAGACGAUAAAAUAUAAAUAUUAUAUACAUCAUUGCGGUGUGUUAUGUAUGUAUUAUAAUAUUAAAAUAAUAUGGUAAUGUGUAUUUGUGUGGAAAUCCAAUAAUAUAUAAUAAUUAUUAUUAUAUUUAAAUAUGUGUACGAUAAUGGGACUACUACGUGUGAUUCUCAAUUAAUAAAUAAAUUAUUUAAACGUACGUUUUUAAUUCCAAACGUAUAUGACGUGUAUAUAAUAUAAUAUAAUAAUUAUACUGUGCGUGCGAUAUAUAAUAAUUUUGUAAUUCAUCAAUCUUCCAUUGCAGUAUCGUGUGGUUUUUAUUUCGUUUUGUUAUUUUAUCACUAUUAUUAAAUCACUAUUUUUGUUAUUAUUAUUAUUAUUUAUUUUUUUUUUGAGAACUUUAUAAUAUUAUCAGUCCCUUGAUUCUCCAUUUCACUGACCAGUCGUCUAUGUAUUACACAAAUAGUACAAUAUAUUUUUAAAUAUUAUAAUAUACCCACAUUACAACGACGAUAAUAAUAAUAAUAAUAAUAUUAAUAGUAGAUACCUAUACUUUAUUAUUAUUUUAUGAGAAUGAGACGUGCUCAUUUCGUUUUCCCGUUACAGUGUGUGUGUAAAAUUUUCGAUUCAAUUUUAUUAUUAUACGUUUUCCCUUUAAUUUUUA